AUGGCUCAAGGACAUCUUCGUGUAACUGUAGUCGAAGCAGCAAAACUUACUGACAAAGAUAAAACAGACUUUAAUGAUCCUUAUGUUGAAUCUAUUCUUGUAUGUAGUGAUUUAUGGCCAAGUAAUGAAUAUCUUUAUAUAGAUGUCUAUGAUGAAGAUGAAGGCAAAAAACCAGACUUAAUUGGCUCGGCACAAAUUUGUCUUGAUGAUAUUAUUAAAAAAGGACAUUUUGAUGAUUGGGUUAAAUUACCUGGUUUUCUCGGUUUUGGUAACCAUGGAGAUGUACAUAUACGUAUGACUUUUGAAAAAAGAUCAGUAGAAUAA